GAAUUUACGACUUGACUUGAGCGAGCAUGGAGCGGACGAGUGCCUUCGUCAUCGUGUGCUGAUUUUUCAAGUUGCAAAAUGCAGUGUAGGGUGCUAAAAUUAUGUUAAAAAAGUGAACAAUAGAAUUGGUGAUGUUGGCCUUAGGAUUAUUGUUAUUUCGCGAAAAAACUGUUAAAGAACACAAGUUUACUGUAGUCAUCCGUCAGAAAUCGAGAAAGCUUCAAACGUGUUUGAAGCUUUCGUUUUUGCAUUAAUGGAACUAUGAACCUGGACCCUUUAACGUUUAGCUUAUUGCAAAUCAAGUAUCUCGUUGUAAAUUUAAGUAAGAAGAACUUCAAGCAGACUAAUCAAGAGUUGACCCAGCUGGUCAGUCUAUAUGGGCUGGAAGCAGAAAAUCAACUCUUGAGGUGUUUGCUCACUGAGGCCGCCAAGAAUUCCUGGGACACUGAUCGCCCGGGCAGUUCUCCUAACAACAGCAUCCACGCAUCUCUGCUCGCGCAGCACCUCGCGUCAUUGCUCAACCAUCCUGCCAAGUCGACUGUUAUCUGUCGCGCUGUAGACCAACCCACGAAAGCUCUACAGAAGAUUUUAAAACCUACAAAUACUUUACUCAAUCGAUUGUCGAGAUUGCUAAAGUUGACAACUGCUGAGGAUGUUGCCCUUUCACUGGUUCUGAGGAGAAAUUCAACGAAAUCUGAAAUCGUAAAUUUGUCCAAGCAACAUCUGAAAAAAAGAUUUUUAGAUCUUGUACAGUGCUACCUUGACGCAGAACGCGGACAUCAAGUUGAGCGUGCGGGACUCCAGGAAUGCAGCCCUGAAGUUUUGCAAACUCUUCUUACUAAUCUCGCGCAUGAAAACUUUCGGUUAGCCGCUGUGACAAAGGACUUGUUUUUGAAAAAGUUACGAAUCGAUUUCCCUCGCGAAGUUGUGCCUAUAGUGCUCGCCCCCUUAUUGUAUCCCGACGAUACACAGACACCCCUCGAGGAAAUGACAACAGCUGACGACAUGGCCGCUGCCAUGAUGGACAACUCCCUAGCGGAAAUUAUCCGAGACAUCGGCUAUUCUUUCACCUCAUCCGUUGAGGAAUGCAAGAACAACAUGCUGAACUUCGGCGCUCGUGAGCCAACGGCUACAGAUGUCGCCAAAAUUAUAUCCACUAUGGUCCGAUACCAUACGACCGUCCAGGAAGGACCACCAAUACAGACACCAGGCAACUUUUGGGUUGGCCAUGAAGUAAAGAAAGAACCCUUGGCGCAGGGACAAGGCGAUACAUGGAACGCUGAAGUAUUCGUUCAAACACUGAAAGAUUUAGCCUCGAAUCUAAAUUGGAAAGAAGUGAUCUUACAACUAGACCAUCCAGAAUUUUUCGUCCCAGACAGGCAAGGACUAAGCCUGCUUUUCACGAUUUUACGUCUUGGUUUGCAAAGUGCAGGCUACCCUGCAAACAUUUUCCCGGUUGAAUAUCUAUGUCGCCGUUGGACUAAUUUGGAAGGACAAAUGAGUUUUAUCACCAAUAUACUAAAAUACCCGGAUAUAUUCAGUUUUGCUGAUCACCCAUUCCACCCAGUAUCUAUUGAUCUGCUAAAAUCACCUCCUGAAGCUGAUAACAAGGAUGUGGCUACAUGGCGUUGUCUGUACUUAGUAGAGCUUCUACUGUAUGCCUCGGAUCGCGGUUACUACAUGCAAGUACAUGAACUCUUUAAGGUACCUUUGCAGUACUGCCCUGACGUGUUGAUGCUAGCUUUACUGCAGAUCAGUCCACCGGUCACUAUUGUCAGACAAGAACUAUUCUCAACACUGAUACCGAUAUUCUUGGGUAACCAUCCUAAUUCAGGGAUUAUCUUGCAUCAUGCGUGGCAUAAUCAAAACCCAAACAUAAAAGCUAUCAUUAUGCACUCCAUGGCAGAAUGGUAUAUUCGUGGUGAUUGUGACCAGUCCAAAUUAUCAAGAAUCUUAGACGUCGCCCAGGAUUUAAAGGCAUUAUCCCUUUUAUUGAAUGUUCAAUCGUUCCCAUUCGUCAUUGACCUAGCCUGUCUAGCGUCCCGAAGAGAAUACCUGAAACUUGACAAAUGGUUAACAGAUAAAAUUAGAGACCAUGGAGAAGCAUUCGUUACUUCCAUGGUUAAAUUCUUACAAAGAAGAUGUCCUCAAGUUCUUGGCAAAGUACCAGAAGAACAGUUACCGAAAGCGGCACAAUUGCCGCACGAGACUAUUGCCACGAUGUUGGCAUGUUUACAAUUAUGCAUCCCAAACGUUCAACAAGAGCUGCAGGAAGCCAUUUGCAAUGUUAUUGCUAAUUGUCAGACUCUGAUACUAAGUAAGUCGCGGCAGAGCAUUGCAGGGAUUGCUCGUCCGCACACUAGAGUCUUGGAGACGCCCUUCAACCCUGCUGGAUUAAGCGGUCAACUAUUUCCGCCGCACGUUGAUUCAAUUGCCAAUUUAACGCCAAAUGUAGCGAAUAUGAGUCUAGGUGCACCGGCCAAUACGGCUUUUGCGAUGCCCGGUACUUUAGGACCUCUAGUAACUGCUCCAGGAUCCCCUUCACGAUUGAUGGGUGCCGGGCCGAAUAGCCCUUUCGCUAUGAUGCCGUUACAACAUAAUGCGAAUGUCGCUAAUAUGGGACUGGCCAGGAUGGCUCCUGCCCCAGCAAUGGAUAAGCCACGUAUUCCAGAUCCCAUACAUUUCCCCGAGAUAAUGCACAACGUUGCCAAGGAGAUUGAGGAUGAAGCUAAUGGAUAUUUUCAAAGAAUUUACAAUCACCCUCCGCAUCCGACUCUUUCAAUCGAUGAAGUUCUUGAUAUGCUGAAGAAGUUUCAAGAUUCGCCAAAUAAACGAGAGCGGGAGGUGUUCUCGUGUAUGCUCAGAAAUCUCUUUGAAGAAUACAAGUUCUUCCCUCAGUACCCUGACAAAGAACUACAUAUAACCGCCCAACUCUUCGGGGGCAUCAUUGAGAAAGGACUUGUACCCAGCUACGUUUCGCUAGGUUUAGCAUUGAGGUUCGUUCUCGACGCCUUGCGAAAGCCGGAGGGAUCUAAAAUGUAUUACUUUGGUAUAGCGGCCUUGGACCGAUUUAAAUCACGUCUUAAGGAUUAUCACAAGUAUUGCGAACACGUUAGAGCUAUACCUCAUUUUAGUGAGUUUCCCCCGCAUCUAAUUGAGUACGUAGAGUAUGGGCUCCAGAGUCAAGAGCCACCUACAAAACCCCAAGGCGCAGUGCUGCCCACCAGCCUGGCCGCUAUGUUAAAUCAGAGUGCAGUCGUAACCGUGUCAGCUCCAUAUAGAGCGGUAGCACCAUCAAUUUCUGUAAUAUCAAAAGUAGCCAAUUGCACCGCAGGCGGUAUGGGUAGCCGACCAUCUAUAGCCAACGCUACCAAUAUUGACACGUUGCUUACAGCUACGGAUAGGGAAGAAAAAAUCAACGCUCCUCCGGAACCUAUUCAAGAUAAAACUGCAUUUAUCUUCAAUAAUUUAAGUCAACUGAAUCUGCAAACAAAAUGCGAAGAACUCAAGGAAAUUAUUACUGAAGAAUAUUUUGCUUGGCUCUCACAAUACCUUGUCAUGAAGAGAGCUUCCAUCGAGCUUAAUUUUCACGCUCUCUAUUCCAAUUUCCUUGAUGUUCUAAAGAUUCGAGAAAUUAACAAAAUGGUUACAAAGGAAACCUACCGAAACAUCAAAGUAUUAUUACGCUCAGAUAAAGGAAUAGCAAACUUUUCCGAUCGAUCAUUACUAAAGAAUCUUGGUCACUGGCUUGGUAUGCUUACAUUGGCACGAAAUCAACCAAUUUUACAUGUGGAUAUCGACCUAAAAGCCCUUGUACUGGAAGCCUAUCAUAAAGGCCAGCAGGAGCUGCUGUAUGUGGUACCAUUUGUUGCCAAAGUACUGGAAUCAUGUGCAAAAAGCAUCGUUUUCAAACCGCCAAAUCCAUGGACGAUGGCUUUGAUGAAUGUUCUAGCGGAACUACACCAGGAACCAGACUUGAAAUUGAAUUUGAAGUUUGAGAUAGAAGUUCUGUGCAAAAACCUUGGUUUGGACAUCGCUAAUUUAAAACCUGCGCUGUACUUGAAAGAUCCAGACAAAGUACGGCAAAUAGAAUUCCAACUGUCGCAACCCAAACAGAGUAAGGAAGCGGCCGCUGUACUGCCCGUGAAUCCUACACUGGUACAAGGCCAACCGAUACAGAUGAUGCCUCUGCAACCUCCAAUGAUUCCCGCUGAAGACAUGACCGUGACAGCGCCGACGCCGACUAGCGGCCUCAUGGGCGACCCUACUCUCAUGGGAGUGCUGGGACUCCCAGAGCCUAGAUUCAACUACUUGGACGUCAAUGUGUCAUCGACAUCUGCAUUCGGUCAGAAGAUCUGCUUUAAUCCCCACAUACUGCUGUUCCAGAACUACCCCCACCUCAAACAGUUCGUCAAGCCUGCGAUCGAGAGAUCAAUUCAGGAAUGGAUCCACCCCGUAGUGGAUAGGUCCAUAAAGUAUGCUUUGACUACUUGUGAGCAAAUAAUACGGAAAGACUUCGCCUUGGAUCCCGAUGAAGUAAGGAUGCGUACCUGCGCGCACCACAUGAUGCGGAACCUGACUGCUGGCAUGGCGAUGAUCACGUGCCGGGAACAGAUCAUCAGCACAAUCAGCACCAACCUGAAGGGCGCUUUCGCGACAGCCCUGUUGCCUUCCACACCCCAACAGUUUUUGGUAUUUCAGAAGGAGAUAAUAGAAAGCGCAGCUGCUGUUCUAGCUACUGAAAAUAUGGAAUUAGCUUGCGCGUUCAUCCAGAAGACUGCGGUGGAGAAGGCGCUUCCUGAACUCGACAAACGUCUCCUAAGCGACUACGAGAUGCGCAAACUCGCGCGUCAAGAGGGCCGCCGCUAUUACGACCCCAUGGUUCUCUCUUACCAGACGGAGCGGCUCCCCGAGAGGGUCCGACUGCGCGUCGGAGGCCCCACCGAAAACCAAAUCACUGUCUACGAAGAGUUCGCUUGCAACAUUCCUGGCUUCACGCCAGUACGCGACGUUGGAUUGUUCAUUCCUAAACCCUCGGCUCAGGAGCAAAUGUCUCAGCUAACAUUCAGCCAGGUCAUCAACCCGACCCAGGUGUACGGCACCGACGAGAUGAGCGCCCUCAUCACCGCCGCCGAGGUGUUCCUGGCGAACUGCCUCGCGGUCGCGUCCCUCGCGGUGCAGGCCGCCAACAUGCACUCCCUGCUCGAGUGCCUCUGCAUCGCAAGGAGGAACCGCGACUUUGUGUCUGGAUGCACUUUACUGCAAAAGGCGGUCGAGGGUUUGCUGGACGGUCACAUCGUGCAGCCGGGCACCAGCAGCGAACAUGUGGAGAUGAUGGCUCGCUACCGUGAUAUUCAUCUGCGUGUGCUAAAGCUGUUGGAGGACGCGCGCGUCUACGGCCAUGUGUGGUCCACCAAGCAGAUCACCUGCUGCCUUACCGAGUGUCGCGAAGAGCUGCGAUACAACAUCGAAGCCGUCGACUGUCUCAUCAGGAACCACCUAAUCAACUUGCCUCAGUACGACCUUGCUCUCGCACACAUGAUGGACGGCGGCAACAACUACAUGGCUGUGGCAUUCGCGAUGCAACUAGUCCAGCUGUACCUUGUCGACGACAGAAACAACAUUUACGUGAAUGAAUGCGAUCUGUACCACACAACAGAGACACUCGUUAGGAUGCUGACGCACUCCCGCCAGCCGCCUCCGGAAGGACUCGGCUCUCUCAUCGAGAUGCUCCGCGUUCAUCAAGAUCCUAGCGCCUAUCUUGGAGAGAGGUCGCCGCUAGGACCCACUGCUCAUAUUCAUUCUGGAAUCCUACAAGUGAGAGUGCAGAACUGUGACGACCCACCCGGCCUACAAGAAAAAACUGAGAAUCUCCUCCGUGAAUGGAGGAAUGUGCUCCUCAGUCCUUUGACAGAGAUUGAACUCGCUCAGAAUUUUAAUCUGUACGUUCACCGCAUGAACAUGAAUGGCAUCUUGAAGUCCGAUGACAUGAUCACGAGAUUCUUCAGGAUUGCCACGCAGAUGUGCAUUGAGAACGUGUACCAGCAACUGAACGAGGACAGGAUGAACACGCCGCCGCUUCCGCCGAAGAGAGACAAGUAUUACGCCAUGUGUGACUCGUUCAUCAAGCUCGUGUCGCUUCUCAUCAAGAACACGGCUGACGGUGGAAAUCCCACCCCGAAGUUGAUCCUUCUGAACAAGAUUCUGGGCAUCAUUGCUGGCUGCCUAUUGCAAGACCAUGAAGAGCAUGGCACCAAUUUCCAGCAAUUGCCUUACCAUCGCCUUCUGCUUAUCCUCUUCUUGGACAUGAAUAUGGCGGAACCGGUUUUAGAAUCUAUGAACUACCAGGUUCUUACGGCGUUCUGCCACACUCUGCGUAUCAUCCGGCCGAGUAUCGCGCCCGGCUUCGCGUACGCCUGGCUCGAAAUCGUUGCGCACCGCGCCUUUAUCAACCGCGUCCUAGCGGUAACACCCCAGCAAAAGGGUUGGGGCAUGUACUCCACGCUGCUGAUCGACCUGUUCAAGUUCUUAGAUCCGUUCCUGCGUAACACUGAGCUGGCUUCCCCCGUCAUGAUGUUGUACAAGGGCACACUGAAAGUGCUUUUGGUGCUCCUGCACGACUUCCCAGAAUUCCUGUGCGACUAUCACUAUGGUUUCUGUGACGAGAUCCCUCCUAACUGCAUUCAGAUGAGGAACCUCAUUCUGUCUGCGUUCCCUCGCAACAUGCGACUGCCUGACCCGUUCACCCCUAACCUGAAGGUUGAUCUGUUGGCUGAGAUCACAUUGCCGCCCCGUGCUGUGAUAAACUACACCACGAUCAUCCCUGCGUCUCCAUUCAAAAAGGAUUUGGACGCGUAUCUAAAAGCGCGUGCACCUGUCACUUUCUUGUCAGAAUUAAGGAGUAACAUGCAGGUGGUGAACGAACCAGGUCGCAGAUACAACUGCCAGUUGAUGAACGCCGUCGUGCUGUAUGUAGGCACUCAGGCCAUCGCCUACAUCAGGACCAAGGGCCAGUCUCCAAACAUGUCCACCAUUGCCCAUUCCGCUCACAUGGACAUCUUCCAGAACUUCACUGUCGACUUUGAUUUCGAAGGAAGAUACUUGUUCCUGAACGCGAUCGCGAACCAGCUGCGCUACCCGAACAGCCACACGCACUACUUCUCGUGCUGCCUUCUGUACCUGUUCGCGGAGGCGAACAGCGAGGCUGUCCAGGAGCAGAUCACCAGGAUGCUGCUGGAACGGCUGAUCGUCAACCGUCCUCACCCAUGGGGCUUGCUCAUCACGUUCAUUGAACUCAUCAAGAAUCCCAUCUAUAAGUUCUGGUCGCAUGACUUCGUUCAUUGCGCUCCUGAAAUUGAAAAGUUGUUUGCGUCUGUGGCUCGCUCGUGCAUCGUAGACAAGACGGGUGCGGGAGGGGGAGAGCGAGAGAUAACCGAGUAGCGUCGCGCCAAUUGGGAGUCUGUCCGACACAAGCACAUAUUUAAAAGCUUUGUCGAGAAAGGCUUCCAAGGCGAGGCAGGGCCCAGCCAGCCUCAGCAGCCGCAGCCAUCCACCUCUGGCCAUCCCCCCAAACCGCAGGUGUUGUCGUGGAACAAACUAUUUCAAAAAAAGUAAAUCAGUGACGAACAAUUUAAUUGUACAUAUAUUUAUAUUGUAGUAGUGAACUGUACAUGAUUACAAUUGGUUUUUGACACCGCAAAAUUAUUUUUACUUUACAAUAUCUUUUAAGUCUAGUCAAAAGUUUUUGUUUUCCAAUUGAUGAUUGAUGAUGAAUUAAUAAGAAAUGCAAUAAUAGUAAUCAUAUUGCUCCUGAAACUUGAUUCUGUGUUGAUUCGACGAGUUAUAUCUUGCCUUUAUACUCUCAAAUAGCUAGGCAAGCUCGAAAUCUUGUGUCAAAAAUCAAUCAGUCUUUAUGUACAUGUCUGGUCUGCGCGGUGAUACGAGUAUAUAUGCCAGUUUGGUGGUCGAAUCACAAAAUUAGAAAUAGUGUAUUUAAGUAAGUAGUGUAUAGACGUAAGCGUGAUUGUUGAUGGUCGAGUCUCUAUCAUCGUGCUUAAUACCGAAAAUGUGUAAGGGUUUCAUAGGAACAGUAGUUGAUAAGACAAUUCAAGCAUUCGUGUCAAAAUUAAUCUAGUUUCGUAAGAACUUGCAGGCCACAAAUGGCUGUAUCUAAUAAAAUGAUUUUUAUAAUCCGGGGUAGUGUUAUGGUGUAUUUUGCAUAUUGGAUUGUCGAUGUUGCCUAUGGAGCCCGCAGCAUUAACUCCACUGGACCUGAGACGUAACCUCGGAGGUUUCUCGGUUAUUCUCUACUAUUAGUGCCCGUUAGAUAUGGCACCGGCAAGAUAUAUAUUUGUAUUAUUGGGCAAUGUUUGGUGAGAGCUCUGGCCGCGCCCCGUGGCGCCGCACAAACGUAGAACGUCGCACUCGCCUCGGCCGGUCAUGAUGCCCGCUAAAAUAUUAUUUAUUAAAUGCAUGUUUUAUUCUAUACUCAUAUCAAUUUUGUAUUUUAAAUUAAUAAUGUGUAAAUUUUUAAUCUCACAGGUUCAUAUACCAUUUUAAUAUUAUAUCUACUAUGUAAUCUAUUUUAUUCACUCAGCAUUUUAAUCUCACAGUUUCAUAUUCCAUUUUGAUGUUACGCUAUAUCAUCUAUUUUAUCCUCACAACAACACAAUAAUUAAAAACCUUCAAAGGUUUGUCCCAUCAGUGUACGGCAUAAGUAAGUCAGGCAUUUGAGCCGCGCUCACAUUUGGGCGCGUGGCUGCCGCUAACGAUUGCCGCCUGAUGGUCGGACUUACGAUUAGAUUGAUGUUAGUUAGGCGGUUUGACUGGACAGCUGAUGAGGUUGCACGUUGAGGAUGAUCACUUGGUACAGCGGGUAGAUGGGCCCGAGCCGCUCACGGCGGUCUGUUGUAUCACUCGUUUCCGGUGACUUGUCGUGCCGAUCCGGGGAUACAUUAGCUGCGUUACAUAUUAUGUCCCCCUGAUCGGAACGACAACACACCCGACGCCUCUUACUAUAAGGCAAACUACACUAAGUGAUAUUCUGAGCUAGCUCGUCGAAUUAAGAAGUAAAUCGACUGAUUAAAAUAACAUCUACAUGUGUUAGUGUUUAAUAUCUUAAUACUUAACAAUAAAUUGGAACGUAUUUAUUAGUUUUUAAUGUUACCGCGCCGUACGCGACGUUUGUCUUAAUUGUAAAACAUUUUAGCGUUAAUUAUAAUCUAUAAUAAGUUUUGACGAGCAUAAGUUCACGUUGUAAAGUUUUUAGGUGUGAUUUUAAUAUAGGAAUGUGUGCACCGGCGGCGAGACCGUCGCAGCGCUUUGCUCGCCCUAUAUCGAUAUGGCGUAGUCUCUCCGCCCGGUUUUAGAAUUUAGAUGUAAUUAAAUAAAAAUUACACUUUGAUUAAG